AUGGACGAAACUCAAUUCACAGACAACGCCUUGCAGAUCAUCAAGAAGGCCACGGACCUUGCUAAGGAAGGCUCCCACUCCCAGGUGGUGCCUUUGCAUUUUUUAGCAGCCAUGGUUCCUACCGAUGAGGAGAACCUGACGCUUUACUUGAAGACACUUAUACAGAAGGCCAGAUACGAAUGGCCCGAUUUUGAAAGAAUCGUGAACAGACACCUUGUGAGGUUGCCCUCUCAGAACCCUCCUCCCGAUGAGGUCAGAUUGAGUUAUGCUGCUGGACAGAUGCUCACGAACGCUACCAAAAUCAAGGCCCAACAGAAGGACUCGUAUGUGGCCCAAGACCACAUUUUGUUGGCACUUUUGAAGGACAGCAGCAUCCAGGACAUUUUCAAAGAAGCACAGAUCAACGUGGACACGAUCAAGACCCAGGCUUUGGAGUUGAGAGGAAACCAGAGAAUCGACUCCAGACAAGCCGACUCUUCCGGACAAUACGAGUUUUUGAGCAAGUACUGUGAAGACUUGACCGAGAAGGCUCGUGAGGGUAAGAUUGACCCUGUCAUUGGCCGUGAGGAGGAGAUCAGAAGGGUGAUUCGUGUUUUGGCCAGAAGAACCAAGUCGAACUCGGUUUUGAUUGGUGAGGCUGGUGUUGGUAAGACUUCCAUUGUGGAGGGUGUUGCUCAGAGAAUUAUCGACGGCGACAUCCCCAGCAUUUUGGCCAACUCCAGGCUUUUCGCUCUCGACCUUGGUGCCUUGACUGCUGGUGCCAAGUACAAGGGUGAGUUUGAGGAGAGAAUCAAGGGUGUUCUCAAGGACAUUGAGGACUCCAAGGAUAUGAUUAUUCUCUUCAUUGACGAAAUCCACAUGUUGAUGGGUGACGGUAAGUCCGAUGCUGCCAACUUGCUCAAGCCCAUGUUGGCCAGAGGUGCUUUGCACUGUAUCGGUGCCACCACAUUUGCCGAAUACAGAAAGCACAUUGCCAAGGACGGAGCAUUCGAGAGAAGAUUCCAGAAGAUCGAUGUUCCCGCCACCACCAUUCCAGAGACAGUUGCAAUCUUGAGAGGUUUGCAGCCAAGAUACGAGAUCCACCACGGUGUGCGUAUUUUGGACUCUGCUAUGGUUUCUGCUGCCCAGUUGGCUUCCAGAUACUUGACCUACAGAAGCUUGCCAGAUUCUGCUGUUGACUUGAUUGACGAGACGGCUGCUACUGUUGCCGUGCAGCGUGAUUCCAAGCCAGAGGAGUUGGACAAUUUGGAGAGAGAAUUGAAUUUGGUUGAUGUCGAAAUCAAUGCUCUCGAAAGAGACAAGGAUGCUGACUCUGAAUCCGCUGACCGUCUUGAGCAGGCCAAGAGAAGAAAGGCCGAGUUGGAGGAGCGCCUUAUUCCAUUGAAGGAGCGCUUCAACGAGGAGCGUAAGGGCCACGACGAAUUGAUUGCACUCAAGAGAAAGUUGGACGAGUUGGAAAUCAAGGCCCAGGACGCUGAAAGAAGACAUGACAACGCCUCUGCUGCUGACUUGAGAUACUUUGCUAUUCCUGAUGUCAAGAAGCUGAUUGAGGAGAUGGAGAUCAAGGUUGCCGAAGAGGAAACCUCCAACUCCAUGUUGAACAAUGUUGUCGGUCCAGACAGCGUUGCCGAGACUGCGGCCAGAUUGACUGGUAUUCCAGUGACCAAGUUGACCCAGGCUGAGAAUGCCAAGUUGAUCAACAUGGAGAAGGUUUUGUCUUCUGAGGUUGUUGGUCAAAGCGAAGCUAUCAAGGCUGUCUCCAACGCCGUGAGAUUGACGAGAUCAGGAUUGGCUAACCCUAACCAGCCUGCCUCUUUCUUGUUCCUCGGUUUGUCUGGUUCCGGUAAGACUGAAUUGGCCAAGAAGGUUGCAGGAUUCCUCUUCGCUGACGAAAGAGCCAUGAUCAGAAUUGACUGCUCUGAGUUGGGCGACAAGUGGUCUGCCUCUAAGUUGCUUGGUGCUGCCCCUGGUUACGUUGGUUACGAAGAAGGUGGCAUUCUUACUGAGGCUGUUUUGAGAAAGCCCUACUCCGUCAUCUUGUUUGAUGAGGUGGAGAAGGCUGCACCUGAAGUCUUGACUGUUUUGUUGCAGAUUCUUGACGACGGUAGAGUUACAUCUUCUCAGGGUAAGGUGAUCAACUGUUCCAAUGCCAUCAUCAUCAUGACAUCGAACUUGGGUGCCGAGUACAUCAAUGCAUCCAAGGGCACCAAGGUUGAUCCUGAAACAAAGGACUUAGUGAUGACCGCUGUCAAGUCACACUUCAGACCUGAGUUCCUCAACCGUAUCUCCUCUAUGGUUGUGUUCAACAGAUUGUCAAGAAAGGCAAUUGCUAAGAUCGUCAAGAUCAGGCUUGACGAAGUGCAAAAGAGGUUUGCCGCCAAUGGCAAGUCCCUUACAUUGGACGUUUCAGACGAAGCGUUGGAGUACUUGUGCAGACACGGCUACUCGCCUGAUCUUGGUGCCAGACCAUUGAACCGUCUCAUUCAAAGCGAGGUUUUGAACCGUUUGGCCAUUUUGUUGUUGAAGGGCCAGAUCAGAGACAAGGAGACUGCUCGUGUUGUUCUUGGCAAGAAGGGAUUGGAGGUUGUACCUAAUCACGAUGCGGAGGACGUGGACAUGGCAGAUGCUAUUGAGGACUGGGAGGACAGUGAAGACUACGACGAUAUCGAUGCCCCAGUUGACCUCGACUAA